CAUUCUUUCUACCACGAACACCCUCUAAUCUUAGAGGCCACAACAUCUCCGCCUCCUCACAAAUUUCAAUUUAGGGUUAGGGUUUGGGUUUGAAUUAUGGAAAACCUCCAAAAUCUAUCAAUGGCGGCGGAUCGUAUCAAAGGUCCUUGGAGUCCUGAAGAGGAUGAACUCCUUCAAAGAAUGGUGCAAAAAUACGGUGCUAGGAAUUGGUCUGUGAUUAGCAAAUCUAUUCCUGGUAGGUCUGGAAAAUCUUGUCGACUUCGUUGGUGUAAUCAGCUUUCACCAGAAGUUGAACACCGACCGUUUUCUCCCGAGGAAGAUGAUAUCAUCGUUAAAGCGCACGCGAAGUAUGGUAAUAAGUGGGCUACGAUUGCUAGACAUCUCAAUGGUCGCACUGAUAAUGCGAUUAAAAACCACUGGAAUAGUACUUUGAAGCGGAAGUUUUCGUCGAUUACUUCGGUCGGUGAUGAAAUUUUUCGACCGAUAAAACGGCCUGAGAUUUCCUCCUCUCCGCCAUUGAGUCCGACGGAAUCUGACGUCAGUGAUUCAUCCGGCGUCGUUUUUCGAUCAUCAUCGGGUAAUCUGGUAGAGAAGAAUGAGGAUGAGCCGUUACUUGAGUUGAGUCUGUGUUUACCUGGAAUUUCCGAGAAUAACAAUAACGCGAAUACUCGGAGUGAGUCGACUCAAGAGGUGACUCGCGGUGGCAAGGAAGCGAUGUCGUUUAGUCCUGAGUUAAUGGUGGUGAUGCAAGAAAUGAUAAGGAAAGAAGUGCGACACUAUAUGAUGGAAGCUGAGAGAAAUGGUGGUAGUACUUAGUUUUCUGAUGGUGAAGAAAAUGCUCGAAACGCCGUCUUUCAGCGCUUUUACGAUGGCCAUUUUUAUUGAUGGAAAGGAUGGAUUUUCCUGCAUAUUUUCUCUUUUUGUUUUUUUCAAAUUUAAAGUUCCCCUUUUGUUAAGAUUUGGGCAGUUUCUUUCACAAGUUGUUUUGUGAAAAAAAAAAUGUACAAAAAAUGAGGAGACAGAGCCAUAGAUCGUUAGGAGUAAGAAAAAAAAUCAGAUAUUUUACUAUUUAGACUCAAAACAUUGAAAUGGACCAACAUUUUUGGUAGAAA